AUGACGAGCUGUUCGCUCGUCGCCAACGGCCUCGUGUCGCAGGUGAGCGGCGCGGUGCCGACGUUCAGUUACCACCGAACCGCUCACUUUGGUGACUACUUCGGUAUUCAGAUGACCUACCUGAAUGGACAGUCGACCUGCUACCAGACUGGUGCUACGCCGAAUUUCACUCCUGUCAUUCAGAACGUGGCCGCGAGUUACAGCGUGCAUUGCCAGUUUAGCAUACAAGGACCCACGUACACCGGCAUUUUUUGUCCCAACGCCCCAGUCACCAACAUUCCUAACGGCGUGCUUACUGUUUCCUACAUCAACUGGUAUCAAAAUGAACCCACACCGAUCCCUUUCCUCGCUACCUUCGGCCCUUCUCCGGCUCCCAGCACAGUGACUGCGACUGUUGGUGCUGUGGCCACGGCCACCGCGACUUCAACGUCCACUGUUUCUCCCGGCAUUGCUUCUACUGCUACUGUGUACGCCGCUGGCGCAACUCAGACCUACACCAACACGAUCAUUGUUACCCAUACUCAGACUACGACCAACACCAACUACGUCAGCUCUUGCGCCGCACCUCCGGCUGCUUCAAGCUCUAGCAGAUCUUCGUUCAGCUCCGCUGCACAGAUUUCGUCUAGCACAGCCAGUGCAUUGCCGACACUAAGUGGAUUCUUCCGCAGCUGCCCGGCAGACGAUGGAAAGGCCUACGUGGUGGGAGGCAAGAUCUUCCAGAUCGUUUGUAGCUACGAUCGCGACGGCACCACCCAAACCGUGAUACAGCUCGGAAACAGCCUUACUGGAUGUAUCACGAUCAACGAGCUCGGUUGUCCCGACUCCAUCGGCUUCGUCGACUCCUACAUCAUCGGCAGCUGCAUCUUCGUCGCUCGCUCAGUCUCUAUCCAGCCCCGUUGCAAGCUCUUCAUCGACCCCCGUACAGAGUCCAUCAUCUAG